AUGAAUCCACAACCACCUUCGUCUUCUCACCACAACCACCACCAACAAACAUCAUCGCCUCCUCCACUCCUUCACAAGCAUCAGCAACAACACCGAGAGAACAAUUCUCCUUGUAAUCCCAUGAAAAAUCACCACAACACAUUACAACAUAAACAGUUCAUGGAUUUUGGUCAUGAGCAACAUAAUGAGGCAAUGAGGAGUCAACAUCAUGAAUCUCACUCUUCGACGUGUCAUAAAAAUUCGACUGCCAUUGAUGCUGUUGGCGAACAUCCUUCAUUGCAAAAGCAUCAACAACAACAACCUCUAGUAGAUCCUGUUGUUGCGGUUCAUCCCACGCAUGCGAUGCUUCCUCCAAAUACUUUGACAACAAGUAUGAAGUUGUCCUCACUGCUUCUCGCGACCACUCCCACAAACACAACACAAGAAGAAACGCAAAAGAAUGGGGUGUCGCCACAUCAAUCCACCACGGACAAUAAUAACAACCAUCAUUAUUUCAUUUCACAUCAGCAACCUCACCAAUUACAGCAAGUGGGACACGCACGGACACAGCCACAUCCACAUACCAUUUAUCAUCAUCCGACAUCCAUGGCUCAACAGCACCUUGGCCACCAACAGGAUGUCGGACACCACCAUUACUCAAGUGGUGCAUUAGGUAAAAGGUUGCAGCAUGGCGUCGGCGUUGACCACCAUCAGCACUACUAUCCCUACUACCGCCAAACCACAUCUGCAACCACCAACGGACAUUGGUCUUCAUCCAAUCGAUUGUUAUCUUCCUCUUCGCACGCUUCCGUACUGCCCAUGAAUCAACACAACAACAUUCAUCACCAUGAAAAUGGUUCUUCUCAUUCGAUGCUUCAUCACCCAACUCGCAACCAACAACAGACACCAACAUGCAACACAACGAUUGAGCAACCCGAGAACUCGUAUCCGUACCAAUUUGGAAACUCCGAACUGUCCUCAAUGGCCCAAUCCAACAGUAGUGAUGCCACUUCCUCCUUUACAGGACCAUUCAAGGAAAACAAGAACGAAAACACCCAAAAAGUGUCCACUACGGUAGUUGGCGGCGCAAAGAACUGUCCUCCAUCCUCGCUUGCAGAUUCAUCGCCUUCGCUCAGAGUUCGUUCAGCUGAAACAUGCGCAGCUUCAUCCCGACCAACUGUUGCACUGCCAUCACCACCAUCCAGAUAUUCCACCUCGUAUGUGGCAUCAACGGAGGACAAGAAGAAUCAUCCCCUUGGAUAUUGCAACAACUCUUCCCAGAAUCAUCAUCAUACUCAAUUAUUGUCUCAAACCCUCACACAUUUCCAGGAGCCUUCAUGCAUUCCUAACAACCCAAUGACCAUUGCCACUAAUGGAAAUAACUCAACUCACAGAUCCUCGAGUCAAUCCUUAGGUUUCUCAUCCGAUCUCAAACAUUAUUCUUAUUCGUAUGCAUCUCCCUCUAACUACAAUAACAGCAACUACAAUCGUCCAUUGUCUUCCACUAUUGGACUGCCUUCUCAUCAACAUGAACCCUCGACUGCAGCAAACAUGCAUGCAUCACUAGGUUUCACCUCUCAUAACCAUGAUCAACAACAACAACAACAACAUCAGCAUCAGAAUGGUUUCAAAUGGAGCAGUGUGCUCUAUAAGGAUCCUCUCAUCGAUGAGAAUGGUGGUACUAUUCAUCCUCGCCUUACUCCCUCCUCCAUCCUUGAGAAAUCAAAUGGACGACGAGAAGAAGAACAACCGGAACAUUUAAAGGCUUCAACUUCUUCACCUCCUGUAGCCACCGUGAAUACGAGAAGUGUGAUUCCUAUUCAUCAUCAUCAUCAUUACUCACACCUUAACGGAAACAACAACCAUCACCAACAUUAUCAUUCACAAAUUAACAACAACAAACAAACACUAAAAACCGACGUAUUAUUGAGAGCAGCCACUACCUUAGAAAAUCAUUCAGGUGAUAUCAAUGCUUCAAACGUGUUGGUAGGUCAUGACACCAAAACAUCCUCGGAAUUUGAAAGGAACGCUAAUAGUAGCAACAACAUUGAUCGAGGAUUGUGUGUUGUAAGGAACGAGGAGCCUGGAAGCCAACAUGUUGAAACUGAACAUUGCACAACGAUCAAAAACCCAUCAAGUACCAAUAUUUCCACAACACAGAAUUAUCAACAACCAAAGAAGAGAAAACUGAGCAACAAUUCUUAUCAUGAGGAAAGAAAUAGUCAAAACGAAGAGGCAGUUUCAUCCUCUUCUGAGUCUUUAUCAGUAUCUCAACAGAAAUCAGAAUCUGCAGCAAAAACCAAAGCAACAUCGGUAGCUUCAAAACCAUCUUCAAGGACGAAGAGAUCGAACAAGAUUGUUUCAUAUGCCGAAUAUGCAGGCGACGACGAGGAUUUUGAGCAAGACAAUUCCUCCUUUUCUGAACAACUUAACCAUUCUAAUGAAUAUUUGAGUGAGAGUAGCGAAGAACUGCGUCACAAGAAGCCAAAAUCAAAAAAGAAAUCAAGUUCAAAGGAUUCUGAUUUUUCUACAAAGAAAUCAUCCACUAAGAAAUCAUCCAAUGGAAAGAUUUAUGAUAGUGUCAAGGGAACGACUUGUCACCAAUGCAAGCAAAAGACAAUGGACCAAAAGAGCUCCUGUAAAAGUUGCCUCUCAUCACCAAUGAGCUCUUCCACGAACAGAGGUUCUUUCUGUGCUAGCUGUCUUAAAAACAGAUAUGGCGAAGAGUUGAGUGAGGUUGUCAAUAAUCCAGAUUGGAAAUGCCCUAUUUGCAGAGGUAUUUGUAAUUGUAGUAAUUGCAGAAGAAAGGCAGGAAAGAAUCCAAUCUCCAUCACAACUAGAGAGGCUCUUAAAUCUGGUUAUCAAUCGGUUCAUGAAAUGCUUGUUGAUAGAUCUAAUGAAUGA